AAGUAGACUAAUUGUCUCAAAUAUCGAGGACCUCAAAUAUCAGUAACUGUUACUUUAUCUGUUUAUUGCAUUCAGGAAGUUUAAUUUCAUUGGUGGAAAUAGCAGCUCUGCUUGAUAUAAAUGAUUAAAUUACGUACUGUGACACAAAUCUUUCGCAGGACGUCAAAAAUGGCUGGAUACAAUGAACAAAAAAUGCCGAGUUCUGAUAUGACAGCAUUCCGUGACAAGUUUGACAAGGCAAAACAUAUAGUAGUGCUGACUGGAGCUGGUGUGAGUGCAGAAAGUGGAGUACCAACAUUCAGAGGUGCCGGAGGAUUUUGGAGGACAUGGCAGGCUCAGCAACUUGCAACUCCAGAGGCAUUUGAAUCCAAUCCAUCAUUGGUGUGGGAAUUCUAUCAUUACAGACGUGAGGUCAUGGGCUCAAAACAACCAAAUAAGGCCCAUAUUGCUAUAGCUGAAUGUGAGAAGAGGUUAAAAGGUCAAGGACGUAGGGUGGUGAUUGUGACACAAAAUAUUGAUGAACUUCAUAAGCGAGCUGGCUCGGAAAAUAUCAUAGAAUUGCAUGGUAAUUUAUUCACAACUAGAUGUACAAAGUGUGGAGAUAUAGCCAAGAAUUAUGACAGUCCAAUUUGUGAGGCAUUACGAGAUAAAGGAGCGCCAGAUGAAUUUGCUGAAGAUGCCAGAAUAAAAGAAGAAGAUCUUCCAAGAUGUAAAAAAGAUUCCUGUGGUGGAUUACUAAGACCCCAUGUUGUAUGGUUUGGGGAGGGAUUAUUCCCGGAGGUACUGACCGCUGCAGACAAUGAACUUACAGCUUGUGAUCUUUGUCUUGUGGUAGGAACAUCAUCUGUCGUGUAUCCUGCAGCCAUGUACGCCCCCAUGGUUGCAUCUAGAGGUGUGCCAGUGGCGGAAUUUAACAUUGAAGAAACUCCUGCUACAACAGGAUUUGGAUUUCACUUUCAAGGACCCUGUGGAAGCACCGUACCUGUGGCACUAGCGCCAACGGAGUCAGAAUCCUCAACUAAUUGAUAAUUUCAUGCAGGAUUGAAAAACAAAUAUAAGUUCUUAAAAGUGCUAUAAAAUACUGUGAAAUUUAUUUAGAUUUUAAUAUUAUUUUGAUAUUUCUUGUGCAAAAUAUAUAUACAUGUGAUUUCAUAUUGAUUUAUCACAUUUCAUGUACCAAGGGUUGACGCAAAACUGUUGUAUCUUUCUUACUUGUACACACCCACCUCUUAGGUCAUUCCUGAUCAUCUCAGCUAUCAAAUCUUUAAUCGUAGUGCAUUUAUCUCAUUGGAUGUAAUAGUAGGGUGCAUCAUCAAUGACAAAGACACAUCUUUGAUGUAGAGAUGCAAUAUGCACUUUUAAGCAAAUAUCAAUAAUUUGACCUGUAUUAUUGAGUUGUUUUGGUGUUUAUUCCCAACUUCUUGUUGUUCUGAUUAAUAUAUUUCCAAAUAGUAAUAAAUUAUAAUGAUUCUUGU